CCAGUGAUUCCUACUCCACAGCAAUUCGCUGCAUUGUUUACAAUGGAAAUAGCGUAGGGAUAUUUAACUUGUAUCUUUCUGUGUUUGUGUGUGUGUGUGCCUACACUGCGUGCUAACAGAAACAAGUCCGAGAGCGAAUAUAAGAGAUCCACUUGGCUCAGUCGAUAAUCAUGACGUUACCAGAUACAUAUGUGGCCGGUUUCCACGACGAAGCAGCUGUUCGCAAAAUGCGAUACAAUGUCCUUGGCAAUACUGGACUAAGAGUGUCGCAUUUGGCAUUUGGUGCCGGCCCCCUUGGCGGUCGAAGCACAUAUGGGGAGUAUGACGAGGCUGAGGCUAUAGCAGCAGUCCAUGAGGCACUGAAGCAGGGCAUCAACUACAUUGACACAGCACCGUGGUAUGGGCAGGGUCGCUCAGAGGAACUUCUGGGAAAGGCACUUAAAGAUGUUCCUCGAAAUGCAUACUACAUUGCUACAAAAGUUGCACGAUAUGAGGUAGAUCCCAGGAAAAUGUUUGAUUUUAGCAGAGGGAAGACAUUAGAAAGUGUGGACCACAGCCUAAAGCUACUGGGACUUGACUAUGUGGACAUCAUACAGGUACAUGACAUUGAAUUUGCGCCAGAUGUGGACAUAGUGGUCGAUGAAACACUGCCAGCACUUCAGUCUGUUGUGGCGGCAGGAAAGGCACGUUACAUUGGAGUGACGGGUUAUCCUGUGUCUGUCCUGAAGAAGGCCAUAGAGCGCAGCAACACCAAAGUAGACACAGUUCUUUCCUAUACUCGCGACACACUCAUAGAUGACACAUUGAAGAAAUAUUUACCUUUCUUCCAGUCAAAGGGAUUGGGCAUAAUCCAUGCAGCAGGAGUUUCUAUGGGACUGCUGUCAAAUGGAGGCCCUAUGCCAUGGCAUCCAGCCCCAGACAACCUCAAAAAAGUAUGUGCAGCUGCAGGACAGUACUGCAAGGAGCGAGGCGUUGAACUUGCUCGACUGGCACUACACUACACAAUGGGUCAACCUGGGAUUGCCACCCACCUGGUCGGCAUGAACAGCCGAGAGAUACUAAACUCUAACCUGGAUAUUUUAAACAAUGGAUUGUCAGACCUAGAGAAGACAGUGUUGCAGGAAAUCAACACACAGUUCUUUGACAAAAUCAAGCCAGCUCACUGGGAGGAUAUUGAAAUUAAUAACCUCAAGGAGAAGCUUAAAGCUUUGAAUGAGUAAAGAAGACAGAAAUAAGAACAGAUAAUUUUUUGCUAUGUCAGCUCUUGAUAACAGAAAUCAAGCCUUCACUUUCAAUGAAGAUACACAUGAAGAAAGCAGACUCAGACAUCUUUCAGAUUAAAUAAAAAAGAAAAAUUACUAUACUGAAGAUAUGCACACCAAAUAAAGCCAAUGAACAUAUUGUGUAUGUACUUUAUAAUAAUAUAAAGUGGCCCCCUCCCCAUCAAAAGAAGGCAAGUGAAAUUAACUUUUUAUGUAAUGUUAAUGUUACUGACAUUCCAUUCAUUUCAAUUUUGCAACAGAUCUAUUUACAAUCUGAAGGCAGGAGUAGAACCAACUCCACAAUUAAUUAUAUACCUCAAAGCGUGAGCAAUGUCCAGCACAAUGUUGGUAUAAUGAUUCAAUGUAUGACAUAAUCCUACUGGAUAAUGGGAACGACCCGUUCUUCAAGUGCCUGAGCACUGCGGGUCCCAACCUUUCGUUGGCUCAAUCUGUAGACAUUCGGUAGGACCCCUUGGAUGAGGGAUCGGCCCAUUGCAAGGCCUCUACCUGUACACAGGACAGCACAACACAGAGAAACGCGGACAAACAUCCAUGGCUUAAGUGGGAUUAAGGCCCACGCCUCAGACUGCGCGGCCACUGCGGACCCCAACAUAAUCCUACACUUCACUUGAACUUUAAUGCUACAAACACAGCAUUACAAAACUCAUCUUAACAGUGAAGAAUAACGGAAAGAAGUAAUAUAUGGUGCAGAGCAAAUAUUUUGAACUGUACCAUAACGUUAGAAUGUACGCAUGGAUGUGCUGUUUGCAAAAGAUCUGAGAAGAUGGAUGACUUGUCAGUAUAUCAGCACGUAACUUGCUUGCUUGACUUUCCUUCCAUGUUUUUCACCAAGUCAUUAAUUCCAGUAUACCCUGGUGAAAAAAUUCUAUGAUACAAUGCACAGCAACUUGGAGGAAGACUGAAAGGAUAAUCACAACUAAGAAAUGUUUAAUAAAUGAUAGAUGAAUCAG